AUGGAGCCGGUGCCGAAGGCGGUGCUGGGGGCGGCGCUGGCCAAGCCCCGGCGCCCCGUCAUCGCCUGCAGCGUCUGCCAGAUCCGCUUCAACUCCGAGAGCCAGGCAGCAGCGCACUACCAGGGGAACCGGCACGCUCGGCGCCUGAAGGGGCUGGAGGGCGAGGAGGAAGAGGAGGAGAAGGCGAAGGCCAAGCGGCUGUUGUACUGGUUGGCCGUCAACUCCCUCUCCCAGCUGGAGGCGCACAACAAAGGGACAAAGCACAAGACGCUGGUGGAGGCGCGCAGCGGGCUGGGGCCCAUCCGCGCCUUCCCGCGGCUGGGGGGGGCUGCGGGGACCCCCCCGGCCGAGGCCCCCGAGCGCUCCUUCCACUGCCAGAUCUGCAACGUCCGCCUCAACUCCGAGCUCCAGCUCAAGCAGCACAUCUCCAGCCGGCGGCACCGGGAUGGGGUGGCCGGAAAACCCAACCCACUGCUGAGCCGCCACAAGAAACCCCGGACCCCCCCGGAAGCUGGUGAGCGGGGGGGCUGGGGGGGGGGGGCCCAGGGUGCGCCGCUGCCCUUCCCCAAGGAGCUGCCGAAGGCGCUGGCGGGGGGGGGACUGCUGCCGCCCCCCCUGGCCCUGGCAGCCGCCGCCGCCGCCAUGGCCGCCCCCCCGCUGGCCCUGCGCCCCCCCGGGCCCCCCCUCCUGCCCGGGCCCCCCCUGGCGCCCGCCCUGCUGCGCCCCGCCCCCGGGCCCCUGCGCCCCGCCCACGCCCCCCUCCUCUUCUCCCCGUACUGA